ACGAAUCCCAGAAAUUGCCACGAUUGUCUUUACCUUGCAGAAGUGAACGACUCCUCAUCCCUCCCUCCCUCCCUCUCCCUCUCCCUCCCUCUCUCUCUCUCUCUCUCUCUCUCUCUCUCUCUCUCUCUGCGCAAAUUGCACCAUCAAAUCAGCAGUAGAAACUGGUAGAUGCCAAAACCAGCCGAUGAAGAACAAUAACAAUACAGGGGAUAAGGGCCGGACAUUUCCGGUGGACCCGAACCUCCCAAGAUGGGCCUGCCAGAACUGUCGCAACAAUCUCUGCAUCGUCGGCGUCGAUUCUUACGCUGACAAGUUCCUCAACGACUCCUCUUCUCGCUCCGGAAUGCAGGGUUCUUCAAUGCACGGUGGUGGCAGUGUGCUGGCGUCGACACGGAUGGACCAGUCCUUUGUUGUAUUGCCAAAGCAAAGAAAUCAAGUGCCUGGGGUGCCUCCUCGUCUGCGUGCUGGAGGGUUGCAGCCUGAGACAAGCCAGUCUGGGAAAACAAUGGAGGAGUCGUUUGUGGUGCUGCCUCCGCCGGCGGCUUCGGUCUACAAGAGUGACUCUAUAUCUGAUGGAGGGGGGGCUCAAUCGCCAUCGUCUGAGGGUUCCACUGGUGCUCCCAUGCAGCCAAACAAAUCUGGGUUUCACACAACAAUAACUGUCCUAAAGCAUGCAUUUGAUAUUGCCACAACUCAGACGCAGGUUGAGCAACCUUUAUGCCUGGAGUGCAUGAGGGUGCUAUCUGAUAAACUUGAUAAGGAGGUUGAGGAUGUGAACAGAGACAUCAAAGCAUAUGAAGCCUGUCUGCGGCGCUUGGAGGGGGAGUCUCGAAAUGUUCUUAGCGAGGCUGAUUUUCUCAAGGAGAAACUCAAGAUUGAAGAAGAAGAACAAAAACUUGAAGCAGCUAUUGAAGAAACAGAAAAGCAAUGUGCUCAAGUGACUGCAGAACUGAAGGAAUUAGAGUUAAAAUCUAGCCGCUUUAAAGAGUUGGAAGAGCGGUAUUGGCAUGGGUUCAAUAAUUUUCAGUUUCAGUUAAUUUCUCAUCAGGAAGAGAGGGAUGCAAUUUUGGCCAAAAUUGAAGUUUCACAAGCACAUUUAGAGUUGUUGAAGCGCACUAAUGUGCUCAAUGAUGCCUUCCCUAUAUGGUAUGAUGGAGAUUUUGGAACAAUCAACAACUUCCGUUUGGGAAGACUUCCUAAGAUUCCGGUUGAAUGGGAUGAGAUAAAUGCCGCUUGGGGCCAAGCAUGUCUUCUUCUCCACACAAUGGCUCAAUAUUUUCGGCCAAAAUUCCCAUAUCGCAUAAAAAUUCUUCCCAUGGGGAGCUAUCCUCGAAUCAUGGACAGCGGCAACAACACCUAUGAACUGUUUGGUCCGGUGAACUUGUUUUGGAGCACUCGCUACGACAAAGCAAUGACAUUGUUCUUGACUUGUCUUAAGGAGUUUACCCAGUUUGCAAAUUCCAAGGACAAGGAAAACAACAUACCGCCCGAGAAAUGUUUCAAGCUGCCUUAUAAGAUUGAGAAUGACAGAGUGGAAAGCUACUCUAUCACACAGAGCUUCAACAAGCAGGAGAAUUGGACUAAAGCUCUUAAGUACACACUCUGCAAUCUGAAAUGGGCUCUAUACUGGUUUGUCGGGAACACAAAUUUCCAGCCUCUUUCGUCAACAGUUUCCUCGCACGAUGUUCCACCCGCCAGAUCUGUGUACUCAACACGCACUUCCGACUCUAAGCCUGAACCUCGAAGUUUGUUAAACCAAUAAUACUGAAGUACCUUUUAAGCAACUUACUAAAUUGUAAUUAGAAGUACUCGUGCUUUGUGCUUAACUGAUUUGUCUAGUUGUAUAUCAAAUUACAUGGCCGGAUCCUUCAAAUAUUCAAUGAAAUGUAAGUUUAUUGUGCA